CAUAUAAAUAUGUAGCACUCUUUGGCCUGCUUGCUGGUUUCAUUACUUGCUCUGUAGUUCACUGGUGACAGUGAAUGGCAGAUGAUUUGCAUUUAGUGUGUUGUAAAAUAAAAUAAUGUAUGUUGGGAACAGGGAGGUUUCAGUAGCAGCUUGAACCAACAUUUCUCAUGUUUGAACCAGUAUGGCCGCUAUUAGUAGAAUGAUGUCAUAGUGGGCGAAACUAUUGUACUGGGAAGAUCCUCUAAAAUGCCUUUAUGAUAGUCUAACCUUAUAAUUUUAGUGUUACUUAUAGUUCUUGUUUUUUUUCUGAUUACCGCUAGUUCUAGUUCUAUAUUUAUAGAACUAGGAUGUCAACAUUAUUCCAACACUUUCAAUAAUAUGUGAACAUUGAACUUAGGUUUUGUGGUAUUUCUCAGUUGUUUGUUCUAUUCAAUAAGGAUCAAAGGGUGUGGAUACAUCUUAAAACAUAAAUGGAAAUAAGGGUGCAACCAAAUAAUUGAAAAAGCACCUAUCAGGUUUUUCCUGAUUUUAUGGUUACUUGUCAGAUCUAGCUUUGUUAUUUUUAUUUUUAUUUUUUCCUCGUCUAAAAAAAUGAGAUAAAACGUACUACCACUUGGUGGUGGCAUAGUGAACUUCAUAAAGACAGAAAGCAUCAUAAGCAAAAGACAUGCUGAAAAUUGGAACACUGUCUCAAGGCAUCAACCAAUAAAUAAAAUAUUCCAAAUGGACAGUGACCCAAAGUGUAUCACCAGAUUAGAUAAAGUGUGUCUUAAAUGUCUUAAAUGCUUGUGCCAUGUCAUGGAUUCUAUGUUGCAAAAUGUGGUAGUGUUUUCAAGCUAGUCAAAUGUCUCCUGAGCAUGAAUGCUAUCAUUUAUUUUACAAAGUUGACACAACUCCAGUCACGUUGGUGCAGAGUUGCAGACCUUUGGAGUAACAUCAUUGCAAGCUUAUCAAAAAGGUCAAAGAGUGAAAACUGGGGGGGGGAAAGAGCUGAAGCACCAUAGCUAAUUAAUCAAUGUUGAGUCUUUGUGUAGUACAGAAGAUUUGCAUAGUUUGCACCUCUUGCUGUGUUUCUCCAAGUUAUAUGUUCAUUUAUUUUCUUUAAACGCUAAACCAACAGCUGUACAAUAAAGAGGACAAUUGUUUGUUUUGGUUUAAUCUUCUACUGCUUCAUGCGCAUACUUAUAAUACAAGGUACUGUUCAGUGGUGGUGUAAACCGCCCGGAACAAAUGAAUAAAUAGAUGUUGUAGGAAAUAUAAGAAAACUAAAUCUUCUCCCCAAAAUUAUCAAAUAGUAGUCAAGAUUAAUUAAGAGGAGAAUGGAAGUUGGGAGGAAGGAUCAUUUAAAACACUUGCUAUUGUGAAUGUGAAUACAAACACAUUCCACACUUCAGGUUUUUGUUUUUUUAACUCAUUGACUUAUUUGUGCUAUAUGAAAAAAUAUUCUUUAUUUUCUUUUGGUCUAUGAUAUAAGACUUGCAUAAAAUGACGUUGUGGCUUUGCUGCAACAAAUUUUAGAAAAAAUGAUACCUGUAAAUUCACUGUAAGUCAGUGAACUUACUAUUUCAGAUGAAAACAGGCAUUCAUGAUGCUUUGUGUUUCUGUGUGCAGCAGGAUGUCAGAGUUAAAUGGCCGUGUGAGUGCCUGGAGCAGUAGCCAAGUGGCCCAGUGGCUGCAGGACGAAGGUUUCGGACAGUACGUGGACUUGUUGUGUUCGCAGCACCGCAUCGAUGGCGUCAGUCUGCUGGCUCUGACUGAAGCCGACCUGCGGGAUCCUCCCCUUAGCCUCACCGUGCUGGGACACAUCAAACGACUGAGUGUAGCCCUCCGCCGCCUCCAGAGGGAGAAUAAAGCUGAGCUGGAGGAGCUAGGUCUGUGGCCUCCAGAUGCUAACUCUGCUGGACUCUCGCUGGGCGCUCCGAGGGCUGAGUGGAGCUGUGAUGGAGCUGAAAGAAGUGGAUGUAAUGGAGGAGAUCAUUUGUGCAAAGGGAUGGAGCUGCGGCUGAGGAACGGUAGCAGUCUUAAGUGUGCGCCUGGGGCAGCACUAUGUCAAACACACUCUAAUGGCAGGUUUCGACAGCCAAUGGUGGGCAGAUUGGAUCCUGAGGUCUGGAAGACGGUCAUUAGUUCUGUAUAUGUAUUCUUAGUGUGUGGACUCACCUCUUUCGUCAUGGUUAUUGUGCAUGAGCGUGUCCCUGACAUGAGGACUUACCCGCCUCUUCCUGAUAUAUUCCUGGACAGUGUACCCAGAAUCCCUUGGGCGUUUGUGAUGGCUGAAGCUUGUGGCCUUAUCUUGUGUUACAUGUUUUUGUUGAUCCUGCUCCUUCACAAGCACAGGUCAAUUCUCCUCAGACGGCUGUGUUCUCUGAUGGGAACAGUGUUUUUGCUUCGCUGUUGCACCAUGUUUGUCACCUCGCUCUCUGUGCCUGGGCAGCACCUGAAAUGUGCCAGCCUGUCCUAUGGUGAUACUUGGGGAAAGAUCCAGAGAGCCCUGGCCAUAUGGAGUGGGUUUGGGAUGACGCUUACAGGUGUCCAAACCUGUGGAGACUACAUGUUCAGCGGCCACACUGUGGUCAUCACAAUGCUCAACUUCUUUGUGACUGAAUACACACCGAGAAACUGGAAUUUGAUCCAUACCAUCUCCUGGGUGUUGAACCUAUUUGGGAUUUUCUUCAUCCUGGCAGCCCAUGAGCACUACUCGAUCGAUGUCUUCAUAGCCUUCUACAUCACCACACGCCUCUUCCUCUACUACCACACAUUAGCCAACACCCGUGCCUUCCAGCACAGUCGCAGGGCUCGCAUUUGGUUCCCCAUGUUUUCCUUUUUUGAGUGCAAUGUGAAUGGACCUGUUCCUAACCAGUAUCACUGGCCCUUCAGUAAACCAGCCUUCAUGAAAACUCUAAUUGGAUAAAGAGUCUUGAACGAUAAUUGAGCUUUUUUUGUAGCAGUGCCUCAAAAAAAAAUUUUUUUAUGUUAGUUAUAUUAUUAUGUUCAUAUUUCUUCUUUUGCAAAUUAAUUGUUGUUUUUCUCAGGUUCAAGUGAACAGCUAUGCAGUUUAAGUUGAGUACUUUAAAAAUCUUUAAAAAGAUGAGACUGUUUACACCACAUCUGUCAGUCUGCUAAAUAGAGCUGGCAGCUAGUUAGCUUAGCAUACAGGAAGCUAAAACACAGACAUGGAGUUGGAUAAAAAACAGAAAUAAGGCCCAGUUUUUGUGCAAAGUACAUUUAAUCAAUCGGACCUGAAAUGUUCAGAUUCAGAUUGCUGCUAACUUGGUCCAACUGUUGCCUCAUAAUUAGCAUAUUUCUAUUCUGACUGAGUUGGAGGAGUUUUGUUAUUCACAGCAUGUUUAACUGUUCUUUCAGAUUUAAAUUGCACGUCUCUUAAUAAAUUAAUAAUACUGACUUGAAUAUCAUAAAAGCAGAGGAUACUGGCAUUUUCUAGAAGAUUGUACACUAUGUAGCAUUUUUAUUAACUUCCACUUUUUGGAUGUUUACAGUUCAAUGGUCAUUUGUAAAAUUUUGUAUACAAAGUAAUGCAUGUGACAGGUUAUUUUUUAAAGAGUGAAUUCGCUGAAAGUUUACAUUUUGCUGCAAAGAGCACUUUAGUAAGUGCAACCAAAAUAGUCUUUUUAUUAAUAUGCAACCAAAUACUUGACCUCCUCAUGUUUUACAAAAAAAAAGAUCAAUUUCAGGGACAUUUUUAUUUCUGUCAUUUUACAUUAAAAGUGAAUAGUUGACUUAUAAUCAAUUUGAAAUGUUAAAUUAAGUUUAUGAUUCAGUUAUUGUUUUGUAUUUUUAUCUUACUUUUGCAUAUAUUGUAGAAAUACUUGACUUUUGUUUUGUUACUUGGUUGAAAAAACACUUUGUCAACCAAAGACUGGAAGUUUGUUUACAAUAAUGUGGCUUAUUUUUUGUCUUUUAUCUUAUGAAUGAAGUUUUUGGUUAGGAAAACUUUCUUAUUGGUCUUCAGCUUUCUUUGCACUGUAGCUAUGUGCAUGUGUCUUUAUGUAAAUGACCAAAAAGAGCAUGUUGCAUCAUGUAGUCUCUUCGUUCUAAGAAAUGUGUCUUGAACAUGCAAUUUUAACACAACCUGUUUAACACAAGGUUGUUCCCCACCUUAAAACAAACGUCUAACAAAUCGCUGUUUAAAUAUUUGAAUUAAAGAAAUGCAGGGCUGCACACAUAAUGAAAUAAACCAUUAUUGUAACUCUCAGCUUUCAUACACUAACCUCUUGGUGACUGCAUCAGAUCUCAUCUGAAGAUGGUAUGUAUUUUACAAAUUAGGGCUGCUGUAAUUCUUAUUAAUAUAUUUGGAAUAAACAAAACUUUUUUGUA